AUGUCUAAUAAAGAAGAAGAGAUUAUAGAUCCAGUAGAUAUGGAAGAUUCUUUGAAUAAUGAUUCAGAGGAUGUAAGGAUCCAAUCUACAGAUCAUUUAGAAUCUCAAGUAAAUCAAGUAAAUUUACAAGUAUUUAAUAUUGAUAAGUCUACUAAUGAUGAAGAAUAUGAUAAUAUACGGUGGUGGCAAUUUUGGCGUAGAUUUGAAAUUUUAAGACAUAAUUCUAGUACUUCUUUAGAAACUCAAGAUGAAUCAACAUUAGAUGGAGAUAGACAGCAGAGGAAUGAAUUAUCUAAAAUUUCUUCACUUAAGUUUUUUUCUUGUACUCAUUUAUUUGAUAGAUAUACAAAAAGACUUGGUAAGACUACAUCACGAGGAGCUAUUAAACAUCCUAGAAUACUAUUAAUAUUUGGUAAUACAAUUGGUUUGAUGUUUGGAUUAGUUGUAGCGUUGGGUUUAAUGAAAUUAAAACCUUUUUAUUUAGAAAUAAAUGGAUCACCAAAUUUAUUUGUCCCAACAGAAUCUAUAUAUUCAAAACGUAAAACAGAACUAAGAAAUUUAUUUGGGAAAGAUUCACCAAUAGUCCCAGUUUUAUAUAGUAAUAUGGGACCUAGUGGAACAUCUUUAUUAGAAUAUAUUCCACUUAAACAGAUAUGGUUGAAUGAAUUGGCUAUUCAGAAUAUUACAGUAACAGAUAAAACUGGUAAGAUUUGGAGUUGGGAUAAUAUUUGUCUUCACCAACCUACAGGAACAUCAAUAACAGGUUCUCCUUGUAUUGUUGUAUCUAUUUUUGGGUUAUUUAUGGCAAAUUCAGGUAAGGGAAUUUUUACAGAAGAAGAUUUUGAUAAUGCCUUUACUGGUGACUGCUGUGGAGGAGUAGAUAUAAAAAAAUUUGCAGCUGGUAAUCUUAUUAAGCAUGCAUAUUAUCCACAUGAAUAUACAUAUGAUAAAGAUUUACCUGAAUGGCCUUUUGGAAUUAAUAAUACUCAACAUUUAAUGUCUAUUUAUCGUCUUAACUCUACAAUACCAAGUGAUGUUAUUAUUGCUUGGGAAAAUAAAGUAGCUGAAUUAGUUCAGAAAACUCGUAAACAAAAUAUGAUUGAUAUUUUAUCAGGAGAUGGUAUUCGACAAGAAGUAAAUGAAGAUGAUAUUUUAAAUGAAGAUGAUAUUUUAAAUGAAGAUAUAAUAAAUCGUAUAAAUUUACAAGUUAAUGAGAUUUAUAAUAUAACAAAAGAGAAUUCAAAUAAUAGUACAUCUAUUUCUGAAUUUGAAAGUAUUCGAAAAUUAGAUAGUGAAUAUGAAGAUAAUUCUAAUAAAUUGUUCAAAUCAAUAGAUGUGACUAAAUAUCCAAAUUUAUGGAAUAUUAUUCAUUAUUCUGAAGAAUAUGUAUCAAAUGAAACGACAGAACUAGCUAAUAAGGAAACUCCUUUAUUAUUAGCUACGUUUGCAUUAAUGAUAUUAUUUAUGGCAGGUUGUAUAUCUGGUAGAUUCCCUAAAAAAUCUAGAAUUAUGUUAUCUUCAACAGUAAUAUUAAUAACUGUAUAUGCUACAGUGGGAAGUUUUGCUACAGGGAUGGUUUUUGGGGUCCCAAUAUCAGCCUUAACUCCGUUAUUUAUUCAUAUGCUAUUAGGUAUUGUUGUGAGUUAUAUGAUAAUUACAGUCCGAACUUAUACCAAAACUAAGAUAUAUCUCCGUAUACCCCAUAACCAUCUUUCUAAACUUAAUCCAAAAUAUGUCCGUAUUUGUGACAAUGAUGUAUUUCUUGAUAUUACCCAAUAUAUUUACAGACCAUGGAAAGGUUUUUUCCCCGAAGAACCUGGGGCAAAAUUUUUAAAAGAAAGAAGAAAUAUGACUACAUUAACAUCAGAACAAACAAUUAGUGGUGAGAUAAGUUUAGAUGAUAAUUUUGAUACCCAAAGUAUAGAAAAACUCCCUAAGAUAGAGUCAAAUGAGACACAAGCAAGAAAAGUAUCUGAAGAUGAUGAGAUAUAUAAAGAUCCUCCUAACACUAGUUUAGAAGGAAAUAAAAGAAUAAAACAAGUUAAUGGAACACCCUAUAUUGCAUCAAGUAUUGAAAUUGAUGAAGUUAUUUUAGAGAUUAAUGGAGAGAAAAAGAUAAUUAAUAAUGAUUUAGAUUCUAAGAAUAUGUGGGAUAAUGAAGUACUUUUAUAUUUAAGAUUAGUGGAAUCUGGGUCGGUUGUAUUCAGUUCUAUUACACUGACAUGUUUGACAUCCUGUGCAGCUCUGUUUCUAGGAACUGUAGUAGAUUUUCCAAUUGUACGUUACUAUUGUAUUCAUGCAGGUUUUGGAAUUAUGUAUCUUUUUAUGUUUCACUGGCUUAUAUUCUUACCAUCAUUUGUAUUGGAUGAAAGGAGGGUUUUUAAAAGAAAAUGUGAUAUAUUACCCUUUAUACGUUUUAGAUGGUCAGAAAAGAAAUCUAAUUAUCUUUUUUUAAGAGAAGAUAUUUCAAAUUUGAAAGUUGAUAUUUCAUCAAAUGAAGUCAAUGAAACCUCACAAAGUAAACUGGUACUACGUAGUUUCAUUUUUAAACCUGUAUUUCGUGUCCGUAGAGGUGUGAUUAGAAAGUAUAAAAAGGCCAAAAAUUGGUGGAAUGAUAGAUCAGCUUUAAAUAAAGAUAAUUUGCAUGCAAAUAAGUUAGAUAAAUCUUCAUCUACAAAUGAUAAUGAAGAUAUAUCAGAUAUUGAUAUGAAAGAUAUUUGGGUAGGCCGUUUAAUGGUAGAAUCAUCUAAGGUUGAUCUGAUAUUAAGAAUAAUGUGUAGUUUUACAUUUAGAGUAUUUGCAUGUUUAUUCUUUUUAAUAAUGGUAAUUUUAGGUAUUAUAUAUGGACGCCAUGUUAAUACAGAAUUCAGUGCUGAAAAAUAUUUACCUCCAUCGUCACCUUUACACUAUUUUGAAGAAACCUUAGCAAAUUCUUGGGGUUCAGAAGCUCGCCCUAUGUUUGUUGUAUUACCUGGAAGUGACAAAGUAGACUGGUCAGAUCGUCAAGUUCGCAAAAAUUUUAUUAAUUUAGUAGAUAAUAUUUUAGUUAAAGAUCCAGCAAUUACAGGUCCACUUAUAAGUUGGGUACAUGAUUAUGAAGCAUUUUUUACAGGAAAUAAAUAUACAGAAGAUCCAAAUCAUAUUUAUGCAGUUUUUGCAGAAUGUACUGGAGAUGUUGAUAUUCCAGAACCUCCUGCUAAUGCUCCAAAAAGUGAGUAUUACAAAUUUUUGGAAAAUUGGAGAAAUCAAAAAGUUGUAAAAGAUGAUCAAAAUCAAGAUGAUACUAUUUGUACUAUUUCAUAUCUCAAUACAAAACAUACUCCAGAUAAUGUAGGUUCUGUUACUCCUUUCUUACAAAAUGUAAUACCAGAAAUGCAUGAUUCUACUAUGCUCAUAUUUAAUCCAAACCCAGAAGAUGGUAUUCAAAUAUCUCGUAUCUUACUUAUUGUAAAAUAUGAUCCCAAUAAUUCGCAAUAUAAUUAUGAGACCCUAACACGACUGAAUAAUCUAAUUGAUGUUGUAUUCAAUAAACAAUUUCCAGGAACUUAUAUAUACAGUGAUUGGUUUGCAGAAGCUGAAAGAGAUUCUCAUAUAUUAUCCAUUGUUUGGAAACUUCUCUUGUAUGUUACAUUGGGGGUUUCAAUAAUACUCUGUAUUAUACAAAACCCUCUUACUGGAAUUUUUAUUGGACUUGUUGUCGGUGGAAUUGAUGUUAUUGUGAUUUUGUGUAUGUAUAUUACAGGUCUUAUUUUUGAUAUUGUUGCAUUUAUGGUAUUAGCUACAGCUGUUUCAUUCUCAAUUGAAUAUGUUGUUCAUAUAACACACUUAUUUUUGAUCACUUACAGAGAUAAUGGAGUUGAACGUAUUAAGGAUUCUUUAUUAGAUAUGGGUCCAAAUGUGUUGUAUGCUGCUAUAUCUACUUUUCUUGGUAUUGUACUCCUGGCAUUUGCAACAUCAGAAGCUUUUAAAGUUUUUCUUUGGAUCACAACUAUUGUUCUAUGUGUAUCUGCAAUAACAGGUAUCAUAAUAGCUCCUGCUCUUUUAUCUAUUCUCUAUGAUUUUGGGAAUUUUGUAACUUCCUAUUGGGGAAAUAAGAAGAAAUCAAAACAAAGUGUUGUAGAUUUUCAUAAAAAGUCAGUCUAUUAA